CUAUAAAUGUUUCGUGUUAAGUAAAAAUCAAAUCAUUUUUAAAAAUGAAAAUUUCCGUAAUACUACUAGUAAUCUCGCUGUCCGCCUUCGCCGCGGCAUCGGGGCGUGGCCGUAGUCACAGUAUUACGUGGGGCGCCAGAAGCUAUAGGGAUAUGCAUUUACGCAGGGAAAUCAUUACGGAGAAAUCCAAGUUCCUGCGCGUGGUGACCAGAGAUUAUGUGUUUGACCAAAAAAAACUGGCACGCACCAUCACCCAAAUCGUGAUCACGGAUCAGAUCAGGGAUGGAAAUGGAGGCUAUGCGUACCUAACUGCUGGUGGACCACAGACCACAUAUGCCAAGAUCCACUUGAAGAGUCAACGGAAUCAGGGCUUCAGUUUCAUCAUCGACAUAUACGGCAUUUAA